AGUGACACCCACCCGUCCAUCCACCCACCCACUCAUUCAGCGAGGCCCCCUAUGCCGUGGAGUGUACCCACUAUCGAGGUUCUUUUGCUAGUUCCUGCACCCUGAAGGUGAAAGGACAGACCCAUCUCUGAUAUCCAGAGUACUUCAGUGCAGGUGCAGCCAUGUCGCUGUUCUCCACCAUGACGACCCGGGAAAGGAAACUUCAGGCGGAGGCGAUUUGCAGAGAGGUGCAAGCCCUGGAAGACGUGCAGAUGGAUCUGGGGAAAAAGGUGAGCGUGCCCAAGGAGAUCAUGCUGGAAGAACUGUCCCUCGCCUCCAAUCGAGGAUCCCGCCUCUUUAAGAUGCGCCAGAGACGGUCGGAAAAAUACACCUAUGAGAGCGUCCAGAAUGACAAAAACACACGCAUGAAUAAUGGGGUGGAUGCUCAAACUGAUAAUUCCACGGAAAACAACAAUCCUGAGGAACAGGAGAGCACAGUAGAAGCCACUGAAACGGUUCCACAUCCAGACAGUAUCGCUCCUGGGUACGGCAGUCCUUUAAAAGACAUCCCAGCAGAGAAGUUCAAUAGCACAGCCGUCCCAAAGUCAUACCACUCACCGUGGGAACAGGCCAUCAAUAGUGACCCGACCUUGGUUGAGACCCUGAUCAACUACUUGUCCGAGCCGGAAGCAGCGGCAGACCUGCCAAGCUACAAAAGUUUCAAUCGAGUGGCGACUCCCUUCGGUGGCUUCUCCAAAGCGCCCCGCCCUGCACCCAAAAAGACGCAAAAGGUGGAGCUCACCAUGCCCGAAUACCCCGAGCUCCAAGUGGACUCUGCGCCGUGUCGCCCUUCUUUUAACAGAUCCGCCCUGGGAUGGGCGUCCACAGACCCUCUGGUCACCCUCUCCGCCGACUUUUGCCAGCCACCUGAGUCGGAUGACCUCUGAACCUGUCAUGCUGAAGCUAACAUUGGCUUUGUUUAAAUAAAAAAUACAGUAGUGUAUAAUGUCAAUUAUUUUGGGGGGAGUUGCUCAAUAAAAUAAUGUCAAAUGCA